AUGUAUCCUCUGUCAGAACUAAGAUUUCAAGAUGCAAGCGCAGUGGUUGAGCUGAGUGUCCCAUCACUCUCUACUCGCUCCCGGCUGCGCACCUCUAAUGAUCCAGAGGCUUCCGCGCCUCCACCGUUGGGCCAAUCGAUUGCCAUGCCUCGGACGUACGAAGAAGAGCUCAAGUUUCUUGAAAAAAUCACCCCGACGUGUUGGAAAAUUAAGAAAGGUUUUGUACCAAACAUGAAUGUAAGUCAGACUUCGUAUUCCAAGGCAAUGAACUUUCAGGUCGAGGGUGUCUUCUAUGUUAAUGACUUUCUGGAGAAGCUUAUGUUUGAUGAACUUCGGAACUUCACAAGAAGUGGUGAUUUUGGUGGUUUUCUGCCGGGUAUGAAGCAAAUCGGAAAUGUCGCCGCCCUUCCUGGCAUCGUUCAUCGCUCCGUCGGUCUUCCUGAUGUUCACUCUGGAUAUGGAUUUGCCAUAGGCAACAUGGCUGCAUUUGAUUUAUCAGAUCCGAAUGCUGUGGUUUCUCCUGGGGGUGUUGGUUUUGACAUCAACUGCGGUGUACGCCUUCUGCGUACCAACCUAACACUCAAACAAGUCCUUCCUGUGAAAGAAAAGCUAACACAAACACUGUUUGACCACAUCCCUGUCGGUGUGGGUUCUAAAGGCGUGAUUCCCAUGGAUGCGCAAGCACUGGAAGAGGCGUUGGAAAUGGGCAUGGAUUGGUCGUUAAGACAAGGUUACGUCUGGGCUGACGACAAAGAACAUUGUGAAGAGUAUGGUCGAAUGCUUCAAGCAGAUCCAAGUAAAGUCUCCUCCCGGGCAAAGAAGCGUGGACUUCCUCAACUGGGCACACUUGGAGCCGGAAAUCACUACGCCGAAAUCCAAGUGGUGGAGGAAAUAUUCGACAAACACGCCGCGACCAAAAUGGGCAUCGAUCAACUCAAUCAAGUUGUCUUGAUGAUACAUUGCGGCAGUCGUGGUAUGGGACACCAGGUGGCCACUGAUGCGCUGGUUGCAAUGGAGCGCGCAAUGAAACGUGACAAAAUCGAGGUCAACGAUCGGCAGUUGGCGUGCGCCCGCGUGGAUUCGCAAGAAGGUCAAGACUACCUUAAGGCGAUGGCUGCAGCAGCGAACUAUGCUUGGGUCAAUCGAUCCUCAAUGACUUUUCUCGCUCGUCAGGCUUUCGCGAAAAUCUUCGAAUCCACUCCUGACGAUCUGGAUAUGCAUAUCAUCUAUGAUGUAUCCCACAACAUUGCCAAAGUGGAGGAACAUUGGGUGGAUGGUAAAAUCAAAACGCUCCUUGUUCACCGAAAAGGGUCCACUCGUGCUUUCCCGCCCCAUCAUCCUUUGAUACCAGUGGAUUAUCAGUUGACUGGCCAGCCCGUGUUGAUUGGUGGAACGAUGGGCACUUGCUCAUACGUACUCACAGGCACAGAACAAGCAAUGACCGAAACGUUUGGAUCUACAUGCCAUGGUGCUGGCCGCGCGCUCUCGCGUGCUAAAUCUCGCCGCAAUUUGGACUACACUGACGUUUUGGCAGAUCUACAAUCUAAGGGUAUCUCCAUACGUGUAGCUUCUCCGAAGUUGGUAAUGGAAGAAGCACCGGAAUCCUACAAAAACGUCACAGACGUUGUUAACACUUGUCAGGCUGCGGGCAUUAGUAACAAAGUCCUGAAGCUUCGUCCCAUCGGGGUCAUCAAAGGUUGAUUGGUUCAGGCAAUAUGUGCUACCUGUUGCUCCACUCGGUCACUCCACCUAACCACAACCGCCCGUGCUUUCAUAUGACCUGUGCGUAUCCAUAUGCCGGUGCUUCCGCUCGUUAGCCCUAACCCGGUUAUUAUUCAC